AUGUAUAGAUCUAUUAAGCCACCCGCUACCUCCGCGCCCGCGCCUACUAUUAUUCCUCCUUUUGUCGUCCCUCCCCGUUCUCGCGCCGCUUGUCCUUCAGCUCUAGUACUGAACCCUCUAAAUGCGCUGAAGUCCUAUUAUAAGGACAGUAUCGCUUGGGGUACACUAGAGCCUAAGGAGAUAGAGUCUGGUGAUACUAAAUUCAAUCCCACGAAGAAGUUCCAGCGUCCUUAUACUAGCGAUCUAAAGCAAGGCUUAACUAAGGCUAAUAAGCGUGAACUUCUUAAGCUUCUUAAGGAUACUAAGAAGGAGAUUAUAGAAGCUCCUGAGAAGUCGCCUAAGAAGUUGCCUAAGAAGUCUCUUAAGAAGUCUCCUAAGACUCCUUCGCUGUGCAAGAAGGCUACGCUUUACAAGAAACAGACUUCGUCGCCGCGCGAGAAGGCCGCGCCUGCUGAACAUCCUGUCUCGCCUGUGACCUUUAGCCGGUCUGACCGUCCUUCAGCUCGUGUCCCUUCGCCUCCUCGCACUAGUCACCUGUCCUAUAUUCCGCCUGCCGCCGCUAAUAAGGCUCUAGGACUAAACAACUAG